GGCGAGUAGUUAACCCAAUGAAUUAUUUAAAUACAAUUUAAAUAUUUAGUGACAUCUUUUUUAGUAUAAGUAAUUGUUUUAUUUGGAAUAUGUGAUCACGACUGAUAGCCUCAUUAAGUGACCAUCACUACAACCUCCAAAAAACACAAUAACCUUUAAGUGUAUGAAAAAUUGAGAUGGACACCAUGACCACUACACCCACUAAAAUUUUCACCAAUAGUGGCACCACCGCUACCACCAGCACCACAACGGGCUCGAUGCUGGCCUGGCAGGCGUGCUACGUGGUAUCCAUGUUUUUUGGCACAUUCCUAUCGUACCUAGUACCAAUUGUGCUCAUACAGCGACAACAGCGCCGACAACAACAAAUGGCCUUGGCACUGGGCACCAGUGACCCGGCCGCGCCCGGGCCCACCCCUACCUAUAACUAUAACGACACUAAUCGGCGCACACAACGCAUACUGAGCGCCUGUAACUGUCUGAGUGCCGGCAUAUUUAUGGGCAUUUGUUUCCUCAAUCUUAUACCGUAUGUCGACGACGAGUUCCGCGACUUGUUUGCCGACUGGCGGGUGACCGUCACGUUUCCAAUAGGCAUGUUUACGGUCAUUCUGGGCCUGUUCCUGGUGCUCGUGUUGGAGACACUAGUGAUGGCCUGUAGGGGCGGCGGCGGCGGUGAUAACCCGGUGCUACUACUGGACGAUGAGGAAGAUAUAAGUAACGACUACCAGAUCGACGAACAAACACAGGAGCUCUUAGGGCCGCACAAUAGCCGUAAGGGCUCAACGCAUGGCGAGUACCCGGAGAUUGUGCUGACGGCCAAUAGUAAACAUCAUAACCAUCGCAAUAACCACAACAACACACAUCAUAAUCAUAACCACAACUACGAUGACCACGCGCAUAGUCACCACCACCAUGGUCACUCGCACGACUAUAGUCACGUGCAGGGCGCCGGUAGCGUAUCGUUUUUCAUACUGAUGUUUGCCACGAGUGUGCACUCCGUGUUUGAGGGCCUGGCGCUGGGACUGCAGAGGGACCCGACAAAAGCCCUGCACCUAUUCAUCGGUAUAAUACUACACGAGUGUUUGGUGGCGCUGGCGUUGGGCCUCAACGCGGCCCGACUCGAUCCCGGACUCAAAACUAAUCUACGCUUUUCGGCCGUAUUCUCGUUGACAAUACCCGUCGGGAUUGUGGCGGGCGUAGCGCUGGGCGUCACCCCAGGCCUAUUUGGCCGCUCUAUAUCGGCCCUAUUCCAGGGCCUGGCGGCGGGCACUUUCAUUCACGUCACUUUCCAUGAGUUAAUACCCGCCGAGUUUAUGGGCAGUCAUGGCGAGGGCGGGGCCGGGAAUAUGUACAGUACGUUCAACGCUCGUUAUAGUGAACACAUGUGCGGUUAA